UUGGAUCCAAACAACGGAUUUAUUAUAUAGGAUUUUCAUAGGCCAUGUACGUAACCUUGGCCUUGGACAGUUAUAUAAUAAUACGUGUAGUUUUCACAUUAACCGUCGCCAUCCACUACGAGAAGUUAUUUUUAAGGGUUUAAAACCUUUCCAAAAAUGGGAGAAAAAAAUUGUUUUAAGAAAAGGAUGAAGACGACGAAGGCGAAAGCAAACACAAUCUUGGAGAAGAAACUCGAAGAACUUGAGUGUUUGCUACAAGAAUUUGGUUCUGGCAAUGUUGAUCUUAAUGCAUACCGGGAAUUCGAACUCCGGUUUCUCUUCACGCAUACCCUUUUAUGUGCGGAGAUAUCGUCGGUUAAGGACGAUGAAGACGAAGAGAUGCUCAAACUUCGUUGCAUGGCUAAGAGGUUAACCGAACUUGAAGAGGCUUUCAAGGAAUUGACCAGUUCAAUCAACCAACCGGACAUGCAGAGUUUGGAAAGUGGUGGUGGUGUUGUCAAUGUUGAUGAGACCGGUUUGGUUCGCUCAUUGGUUGAAUCGUUACACGAAGAAUAUCAAGAUGCGUCGUUAGAGGAGAAGUGGGCGAGGAGAAAAACCGAGAAGAUGAAGAAGAAGCGGUUUAGGGGUUUGGUUAGUUUUGGUAUAGUUGGUUUUGUUGCUGGUAUGGUAAGUUUCUAUGGUUAUCUUUAUGAUCAAAUGAAUGAGAAAACAAUUUUUCUCACUCCUACUUAAUUUUAGUAACAUAUUUUUUGUUGUUGUUAUUGAACUACUUGUUAUGAUUAUGAUGGGAACAGUUGAAUUACAAUGAUUAUUAUGUAAUUUUCAAUAGAUUUUGGCUUUCUAUUAAUGUUUU